GCGCCGAUUGAGUAGGAGCACUCUAUGAAUGCACGAAACUAACGACAUUCUAGUGAUCGGAUAUUAUAUUUGUUGGAAAAGCUCGUAAUAGCUAUUGCGGGAGUUGAAUCGUACGUUGGGAGCGUGAACGGGCUGGAGGAGUCGCUCAAACCGCUGCUAUGGUCGUCUUUGCCCUUUUUAUUGUCAAUAAGGCUGGUAGUCUGAUCUACCAGCGCGAUUUCGCGGAGGGGCUGUCGAAGCUCAGCACGAACGAAUACAUUAUCCUCGCCGGCACGUUUCACAGUGUCCACGCCCUCACCACCCGCCUACACCCCCUACAACACAACGCCCCCCGCGGCUCAUUACUCGACCGUCCAGAGCCGCCCUCAGGCAUCGAAGUCCUUGAGACGGAGAACUUCCGGCUACAGUGCUUUGAGACGCUGACAGGGACCAAGUUUCUGAUAUUCACGGAGCCGACGCAGCAGAAUGUGGAUUCGAUCCUCAAGAAGACCUACGAGUUGUACGCGGACUACGUUAUGAAGAACCCGUUUUACCAGGUCGAUAACCCGGUUAGGUGCGAGGUGUUUGAUCGGAAGCUGGUGGGGUAUGUGAGGCCGUUGAAUCAUAAGUAGGGGGGUGGUGGGGUGGGAAAAGGGGUGAUGAUUGUUGGGGAUUUUGGCGUUGAGGGCUCCUUUCAAGUCGGAAAAGGCCACACUCAUGGAGGGCUCUGAGGCAGAUAUAUAACUCCGGUGAACCCUCCAACCUAUCUAAUAGGACGGCCAUGCCUCAAUUGCCACGGUGUAUGUACCAACCAACACAUAAUCAUUCCUCGGGUCUCUACAUAGCCAAGCACUUAUUCCCCCCC